CAAAAUAUCGGAGAUACUUCAAGUUUUAGCUACCUUUUAUACACUGCGAAAUCGGCUUAGUAUACCCCUAUGUAUACGCUAUUGGAACUUAUUUAACCUAAUGACUGUAUUGAAUGGUAUUACUACGCAAUAUUAUGUGGCUUUGGCGAGUCUAAGAGGCCGCUACUUUCUUCUGAAUAGGGAUUUGAAAGCGCUUCUAACCGAAGCCCGAUCCCUGAAUACCAACCAAAGUGCAGAAUUUAAGACCACUUGUUGCAGCCUUGCCGAUCGAUUGGAAAAAUUAGCACGAUCCCAAUGUGAGGCACAAGGGCUCGUCGAACGGCUUGUAAGGACCUACCAAGUUCAGAUGAUGUGCAUGAUGACCAUUUACUAUUUAAACUUGGUGGGGAAUCUAUACAUCGUACUCAUCUUUAGUAAAAACUGGGUUCUGACAAAAUUUUGGUUCAACGAAGAAGUUCUUUGUUUUACCUUCAUCACAGUUUAUUACUUUAUUGAUUGCUGGAUAAGCCUGUACAACACUUUUUACCUUUUAGACGCUCACGAAGAGAUGAUCCAACUGCUAAGUGAACGGACUCUGUUCAAAUCAGGAUUGGAUAAACGAUUGGAGGCAGUUAUAGAUACCUUCACGCUGAACUUGGCCCAAAAUCCACUAGAGAUUCGAUAUCUUGGCUUACAUAAAAAUGAUAGAUUUUCAUCAUUUGCCGUACUUGACUCUUUUUUAAACCACAUAAUAAUUCUAAUCCAAUAUGGUAUGGAAAAUUUCUAA